GCUCUCGCCCCGCCCGACAACUCUUCGCACCUCCUCUCCUCUGCUGCUGCUCUCCCGCGCCUCACCUUCCUUCCAGACCCGUGCGAUCGCGAUGAGGAACCUGGCUAUCUUCCUCGAGCUCUUUUGCAUCGUCUCGCUGUCUGUCAGUGCAGCUUCGAUCGAUAAAAGGAUUGUGCCUCCCCUUAAAUGCGACUCCAAUCCAUUCCAUGAGUCGACGCUGACCGUCAUUCCGGCGGACCAGCACAGCGAUCAGCAAUACGACAAGCACAGCGAGAACAUGAUUGUGCCUACUGUGCCCUUGAACAGUCGCGACCUCCUUAAUGACUACCGCAACGGAGAGGCGUGGAAUCACUAUCUCUACAAGAGGUCCGAACUCGAUGUCUCGCAGGAACGAGACUUCGGUGUCGGCGUCCAAGACAACCGUCUAGUUCCCUAUGCCUACAAAGACCAUGGCGCCAAUCCUACAUUUAAAUUCUAUACAUGCCAUUCUGACAUGAUGGGCUACUCCAAGGAGGACGAUGGACAGGGAAAUAAGGUCGUCUACGGACACCUGAAGCCAAGUGAUCAAGCUGAUCGAUGCAUUACGGCGGCCACCCUGCUGCGCCGGAACGAGAGAUACAAAGUCGAAAAUUGCGAACAUUCGGAUGACAGCGGACAGUUUCUACAGUGGUGGCGUCUUGACAUCAACGUGAAGAGGUACGAGGACGGUACGGUGAGCAAGUUGUAAGAAUGCUUGCGAGCAGAGCCUUGAGUUGGCUAAUAUUUAGCGCAGAAAGAGACCAGCCACUGGCUCACCUUUGUCGGCAAGCCCAAGAACUCCGAUGGGGUGGGCGAAUACUCCACGCUUAUCGUUUAUGGCAACCUCACAAGCAACAACGAGCUUGCGCUUGACUACAAGAAGCCAGACGAAGAUCCUCUCCCUGGGGGCUUUCUGGCGUAUCUUCUCUUCGGUCGCAGCAAGUCCAAUGUCGGCAAGUGACAAGAUUCUCUCCGCCUACUGGCUCUAUGCGCCACAUGCGCCCUGCGAUCGGACGU